CAGAAACUCCCAUCUUUGCCAUUCAAUACACCCUUCUAGUCUACAUAUUUUUAAUAUCAUAGAUAAUGUAUACUUUCUGCCACUUUCUUUUGUACAACUUACUAGUUGAUUCAAUUUCUUUCCCUUUCCUUCUGUUUUCCCUUUUUCCACCGCAGUAAGUAUCCACACAGGCACAUCUUUUUUCUUAGCGUGUGUUUAAGGCAAAUAUAUAUAUUAUAAUGUUCCCAAGAAAGGGUCUUUUUUUCUUUCAAGGAAUCAAUUAAUGGUUGUUUCAGGAUCUGAACUUCAGAGGGAAAAAUGGGUAGUCUUUAAAUGGUUUUCUUGAAUUGGUUUUGAAGUUUUAUGUAAGUUGCUAAAGUAUAUAGAUCUGGGAAAACUGCUGUUUUUCUGUCUUCUUUUUUCUCAUUUGGGAAUUUCCACAAACUGGUUGUGUGCAAGAUUGUGAGUUUUGCAAGUAGUGUUGGUUUUUGAGUUUCUCUUUUGGCUCAUUGGGGAAAAUCUAGAAAAGGGUUGUGUGCAAGAUUGGGUUUUUUUUUUGCUCUCAAGUUGUGUCAUUUUUCAAUUUCAGUUGUUUAGUAUAUAGAUUGUUGCUUUUGAGUAUCUUUUUUUGCUCAUUUUGGAAAAUUCCACAAAAGGGUUGUGUCAUUGUGUGCAAGAUUGUAGUUUGUUGAUUUGGAUGUGACUAAAAAUGUCAUCUUUUAGUGGUUUAGGUAUUGGUUUGAGUUUUGUAUUUGGUUGUAUCCUCAUGGGACUUGUAGCAGAGUUGUAUUACUUGUUAUGGGUAAGAAAAAGAAUCCCAAAGAAUGAAACAGAGGAUCAGUACAACAACAACAACACCCCUUUUGCCACUGAAUUUUCUCAUCUUUUCUGUUGGAAGAAGCAUAGUUCUGUAAACAAUGUUAGCAGAGACACAGUGAGAAAUCAAGAAAUGAAUGAUCAUGUUCAUAAUCAAGAUCAAGAUUUGGAGUUAGGGAAUAGCAAAGAUUUGUUACUAAAAGGAUAUGGUGAAGACAGUGUAGAAUCAGAGUUAAUGAGGCUACACAAUCUUUGUGGACCUCCAAGAUUUCUCUUCACAAUUAAGGAAGAAACAAAAGAGGAUUUAGAAUCUGAAGAUGGUAAAUCUAGAUGUGGUGAUAGAAGUAGAACAUGUUCAAGAAACAAAAGCUUUAGUGACCUUAUCCUUACACCAUUGUCAUCACCACCAAUCAAGUGUCAAAAUCUUGAUUCUUACAAUUGUCAAGGAUUCAAUCCACUCUUUGAAUCCUCAACAGAAAAUGAGUUAAACAAACUCAAAUCUUCACCCCCUCCAAAGUUCAAGUUCCUUAGAGAUGCAGAGGAGAAACUUAUAAGAAGAUUAAUAGAAUUAGAAGCAGAAAAAAGGGUAAUCAAGAAUGAAGUUUGUUCAACAGAGGAGAAAGGGUCAUUCAUAUCUUUUCUUGGAAAGAGCAAAAUGAGAGAGCCUCUUCAACAAAUCCAAGUACAUCAAAUGAACUCUACUACUUGUGUAAAGGUACUUCCAUUGGCUUCUUCACCUUCAACCUACAAGCCAAUUGAUGGAGAGGUUUAAAUUUCUUUUAUUUAUGUUUUUUUAAACCUCUUUCUCAUCUAUUAACCAAAAAAAAGUACAGCAAAUUACCUCUUCUUGUAUUAAUUAACUUUAGUUUUUCAGAUAGAAAAUUAGAGAUUUUUAUUGUAACUUCUUUGGAUUCUUAGUGGUAAUGGUUUUGUUUAGCUUGAGAUUGUUAA